GGAAACGCGAAAGAGCGUAGUCGAGCGAUCGUCCCGCUGUGGCCACGAGCUUCGUCGCUCGGGGAAGAAGAACGUAGGUAGUGUUUGAACUUCUGGCCGAGUGAAAAGGACCGAGACCGAGUCGGAUAUAUAGGCGAAGAGAGAAGAGAAGAGAAGAAAAGAAAAGAGGAGAGGCUCGUGAGCCGGCUGCGCCGACCGCGAGACGUAUCAUCGACGUUUUCGACCUUUCGAGACGUUUUCGACGAGUUUUCGGGGCGAACGCGAGUUAUUCUCUCUCUCUCUCUCUCUCUUUCUUUUUUGGUGGAUCCUCCCUCUCUCUCUCUUUCUCUCUCUCUCUCUCUUUCGCUCACUCGCGAACGUGAGGUGUGUGUGCUCGAUCGGUGUUCCGUUUUUCUUUCCUUUAUCUUUCUUUCACAUAUUCUCUCUUUCUUUCUUUCUCUCUUCCUCUUUCCUUCUUACUCCCUCUCUCUCUUUCUUUUUCUUUCUUUCUCUUUCUCUCUCUUUCUCUCUCUUUCGACCGUUUCGUGGUCGUCGUAGUCGUCGCGUCGACCGACGAACUCCUCGUUCACAUUGUCGUGUUCGUCGUGUUUGUGGGUGCCGUUGCUACUGCCGUUCUUGCUCGUCGUCGUCGGCGUUACCAUCACCACCAUCAUUACCACCGUCGCCGUCGCCGUCGCCGUCGUCCUCGUUACAAUCAUCAUUAUAAUCAAAGUCGUCGUUGCCGUCGCUGCUACCGCUGCCGCCUCCGCCGUCACCGCCGCCGCUACCACCGCCGCCACCGCCGUCGUCGUCGCCGUUGUUGUUUUUGCCUCCUCCUCGUUGCCCGUCGUCGUUCUCGUGUCGUCGUCGUCGUGGGAUUAGAGCCGAAACGGUGACGGCUCUAAAAGUGUUUGUUAUGCGCCGGUGGUACAGCGGUGGUUGACGACGACGUCGACGUCGACGACGAGGAGGACGAGAGCGGGCGGAGGCGGAGGAGGAGGAGGAGGAGGAGAAGGAGGAGACGGUGGUGGAGGAGGAAGAGGAAGAGGAGGCGGCGGUGAAGGAGGAGGGGGAAGAAAGGGAGGAGGAGGAAGUGGAGGAGGAGGUGGAGGAAGAGGAGGAGGAAGAAGAAGAGGUGGAAGAGGAGGAGAAAGAAGAGAAGGAGAAAGCGGAGAAGGCGAAAACGAGCGGAAAGCGGACGGUUAUCGGGAGUGGAAGAAGAGAGAGUGGCCAGGUGUGUCGCGGCUUCGCCGAGAAGGAGGAAGAGAACGUGGUGGAGGUCGUGGUGUGUCGUUGACGAGGAAGAAGGAAAGGAAAGAAGGUGGAGGAAGACGAGGAAGAAGAAAAGGAAGGUAGUGCUUGCUGCUCGGAGGUUGCGCAGAGAUCGCGAAAUCUCUCUCUCUUUCUCCGGGCGGUCGUUUUGCGCACGAGAAGCAAGGGAGGAGGAGGAGGAGGAGGAGGAGGAGGUGGUGGAGGAGGAGGAAGAAGAGGAGAGCGGCCGGUGCGUGUGAAGAAGAGAAGAAGGGAGGCGAGGAGAAGGUGCAACGUGGUGUAUUUCCCUGCGAAAGGGCUAAAGUGUUCCUCUCCGAGGGAAAUCGACGACCGGGGUCGAGUGUGGUGUGCUUUUUUUAAAGUGGUGCCUCCGCACGAAGAGGGAAUCGCCAGCAGGGCAGAGGCUCGAACGCAUGUAGGAACAUGGCCGCAUCCAGCCCCUGCCUCCCUCUAGAGGUUGGCAGCAGCGCAAGAGGCGGCACAAAGGGACCCUGGAUACGCGAGUCAGUACAGGAGAAGGCAGAAGUUGGCCGGACUGAGUGGUCGCGGUGACUGGACUAGCUUUGGAGGGGAGGUAACUGGUCCGGUGGAUAUGGCGCCAGGCCGGGAUCAGGGCGGAGGGGCGGGUGGAGGCGGGGGAGCACAGCCCAAAUCGAAGGGCACUACCUCGCUGUUCAUCCUUUCGGAGGAUAACUGUAUAAGGAAGCACACCCGCUUCAUUAUCGAGUGGCCGCCCUUUGAGUACGCCGUCCUGCUCACCAUCAUCGCCAACUGCGUGGUCCUCGCCCUCGAGGAGCACCUGCCCAAACAAGACAAGACCAUACUCGCACAGAAGCUCGAGGCUACGGAGAUCUAUUUCCUCGGGAUCUUCUGCGUCGAGGCGAGCCUGAAGAUCCUCGCCCUUGGCUUUGUCCUCCACCGCGGCUCCUACCUACGUAACAUCUGGAACAUCAUGGAUUUCUUCGUCGUGGUGACCGGGUUCAUCACGGCGUUCUCGCAGGGCAUAGAACUGGAUAUGGAUCUGCGCACGUUGCGUGCGAUACGCGUGUUGCGACCGCUCAAACUUGUCUCCGGCAUACCGAGUCUUCAGGUGGUGUUGAAGUCCAUCAUAAAAGCAAUGGCGCCGCUUCUGCAGAUCGGAUUACUGGUUCUUUUCGCGAUCGUGAUAUUCGCCAUCAUCGGUCUUGAGUUUUAUUCGGGAACUCUGCAUAAAACGUGUUACAGUAUAAAGGACAUCAGUGUGAUCGUGAAGGAGGGCGAGAAUCCGGACCCGUGCAACACGGACAUUCAAUCCGAGGCGCCGUUCGGUGCCCACGUGUGCAACGCGAGCAUCUCGACGUGUUUGGAUCAUUGGGUGGGACCAAACUACGGCAUCACCAGCUUCGACAACAUCGGAUUCGCUAUGCUCACUGUCUUCCAGUGCAUCACUAUGGAGGGCUGGACUUCCAUAUUGUACUGGACAAACGACGCUCUUGGAAGCACGUACAACUGGAUUUACUUUAUACCAUUGAUCGUCCUUGGCUCCUUCUUCAUGCUGAACUUAGUUCUUGGUGUCCUGAGCGGAGAGUUUGCGAAGGAGAGAGAGAAGGUGGAGAACCGGCAAUCCUUCCUGAAAUUGCGAAGACAACAGCAGCUCGAGCGCGAACUGAAUUGCUACCUCAAUUGGAUCUGCAAAGCAGAAGAGGUAAUUCUCGCCGAAGAGAGGACCACGGAGGAGGAAAAAAUGCACAUAUUAGAAGUGAGAAAAAGAGCCGCGGCGAAGAAGAAAAAGCUGAAGAAUCUUGGAAAAAGCAAGAGUACCGACACGGAGGAGGAAGACGCUGAGGACGAUCAGGACGAUGUGCCUAAGAAAAAACUCAAAGGGUUCUCAAGAGCUUCCUACUUCAAGUCGAAAGUGAAAAACAAGGGAACGUGUAUGCAAUUUUGGCGAGCCGAGAAGAGGUUCAGAUAUUGGAUACGUAAUUCCGUGAAAUCGCAGAAUUUCUAUUGGUUCGUCAUCGUCCUGGUGUUCUUCAACACCGUCUGCGUAGCCGUCGAGCAUUACGAUCAGCCACAGUGGCUUACCGAUUUUCUCUACUACGCGGAGUUUGUGUUCCUCGCCCUGUUCAUGAUGGAAAUGUUCAUAAAGGUGUACGCGCUCGGUCCUCGCACAUAUUUCGAGUCGAGCUUCAAUCGCUUCGACUGCGUCGUCAUCUCGGGCUCGAUCUUCGAGGUGAUCUGGUCCGCGGUGAAGUCCGGCUCUUUCGGCCUCUCCGUCCUACGUGCCCUUAGACUCCUGAGAAUUUUUAAGGUCACCAAAUACUGGAAGAGCCUGCGGAACCUCGUAAUAUCGCUCCUCAGCUCGAUGCGUAGUAUCAUUUCCCUUCUCUUCCUGCUCUUCCUUUUCAUCCUCAUAUUCGCGCUGCUCGGAAUGCAGCUCUUCGGUGGCCAGUUCAAUUUCGAUUCCGGGACGCCACCCACAAACUUCAAUACUUUUCCCAUCGCGCUGCUUACUGUCUUCCAAAUCCUUACUGGAGAAGACUGGAAUGAGGUGAUGUACUAUGGUAUCGAGUCACAGGGCGGUCACAGAAAAGGCAUGAUGUACUCGCUCUACUUCAUCGUGUUGGUGCUUUUUGGCAACUAUACGCUGCUGAACGUCUUCUUGGCUAUCGCCGUAGAUAAUCUGGCUAAUGCCCAGGAGCUGAGUGCCGCCGAGGACGAGGAGAAGGAAGAGGACAAGGAGAAACAAUUGCAGGAACUCGAGAAGGAAAUCGAGUCCUUGCAAAAGCCGAGCGAUGGUAACGCACCGAAGGUGGAAAUCUGCCCUCCGAGUCCGAAUCAGAAUUUCAAAGACGGUAAAGGUGGAAAGCAGGCGUCCGAAGAGAAGAAGCAGGAUGAAGACGAUGACACGGGACCAAAACCAAUGCUGCCAUACUCCUCCAUGUUUAUACUAUCCCCUACGAAUCCCGUAAGAAGAGCCGCCCAUUGGGUCGUCAAUCUAAGGUACUUCGACUUCUUCAUCAUGGUGGUAAUAUCGUUGUCGAGUAUCGCGUUGGCCGCCGAGGAUCCUGUAUGGGAACACUCGCCGAGGAACGAGAUCCUCAACUACUUCGACUACGCGUUCACCGGUGUCUUCACCAUCGAGAUGAUCCUGAAAAUCAUCGAUCUCGGGGUCAUUCUACAUCCUGGCUCGUAUCUACGCGAGUUUUGGAACAUUAUGGACGCGGUGGUCGUAAUAUGCGCCGCGGUGUCGUUCGCUUUCGACAUGACCGGUAGUUCGGCGGGACAAAAUCUCUCGACGAUCAAGUCGUUGAGGGUAUUACGUGUGUUGAGACCGCUCAAGACGAUAAAAAGAGUGCCCAAGCUCAAGGCGGUCUUCGACUGCGUCGUGAACAGUUUGAAAAAUGUCAUAAACAUUCUCAUAGUGUAUAUAUUAUUCCAAUUCAUCUUCGCUGUGAUCGCGGUACAACUGUUUAACGGAAAAUUCUUUCACUGCAGCGACGAGAGCAAGUAUACGAAAAAGGACUGCCAGGGUCAAUACUUCGUCUACGAGGAAGGUGUCAUGCUGCCAGAACCCAAGAAAAGGGAGUGGACGUCUCAGUGUUUUCAUUACGACAACGUGAUGGCGGCGAUGCUGACGUUAUUCGCUGUCCAAACAGGCGAGGGCUGGCCACAAAUCUUACAGCACUCGAUGGCGGCCACUUACGAGGACCAAGGUCCCAUUCAAAACUUUCGCAUCGAAAUGUCCAUUUUCUAUAUCGUCUACUUCAUCGUCUUUCCAUUUUUCUUCGUCAACAUCUUCGUGGCCUUGAUUAUCAUCACGUUUCAAGAGCAGGGAGAAGCCGAGCUUCAGGACGGCGAAAUCGAUAAAAAUCAGAAAUCAUGUAUAGACUUUACGAUACAAGCUCGCCCCCUCGAGAGGUACAUGCCGAAGAAGUUGAACGGCGUAAAGUACAAAAUUUGGAGGAUAGUCGUAUCGACACCGUUCGAAUAUUUUAUCAUGAUACUCAUCGUACUAAAUACAUUACUACUAAUGAUGAAGUUCCAUCGGCAAAGCGAGGCGUACAAGAACACGCUGAAGUACAUGAACAUGUGCUUCACGGGGAUGUUCACCGUCGAGUGCAUACUGAAGAUCGCCGCUUUUGGCGUCAGGAACUUCUUCAAGGAUUCUUGGAACACAUUCGACUUCAUUACGGUGAUUGGCAGCAUCGUGGACGCACUUGUCAUCGAAUUCGGGGAGCGGUUUUCGAGUGUGCCAAGUGGUGGCCAGCUAAGCGAAAAGAAGGAGAACUUCAUCAACGUCGGCUUUCUCAGGCUCUUUCGUGCCGCCAGACUGAUCAAGCUGCUACGACAGGGAUACACGAUACGAAUUUUACUCUGGACCUUCGUGCAAUCCUUCAAAGCCUUGCCUUACGUUUGUCUCCUCAUCGCGAUGCUCUUUUUCAUCUACGCCAUCAUCGGUAUGCAGGUAUUCGGUAACAUCGAGCUGGGUGCUGACAGUUCUAUUAACAAGCACAACAAUUUCCAAAGCUUCAUUCAAGGUCUGAUGCUACUUUUUCGGUGUGCAACAGGCGAAGCUUGGCCGAACAUCAUGUUGGCUUGCAUAAAGGGUCGACCUUGCGACGUUAAAGCAGGGAAACAAGAACCAGGUGGUUGCGGUUCUAACAUCGCCUAUGCCUACUUCGUCUCGUUCAUCUUUUUCUGCUCGUUUUUAAUGCUGAAUCUUUUCGUUGCCGUCAUUAUGGACAAUUUCGAUUAUCUAACGAGAGACUCAUCGAUUCUCGGUGCACAUCAUCUCGACGAAUUUGUGCGAAUAUGGGCGGAAUACGAUCCAAAAGCCACCGGUAAGGUACUCUACAACGAGGUCUACGACAUGCUUAAGGUGAUGGACCCACCGUUGGGGUUUGGCCAAAAGUGUCCUAACAGGCUCGCUUACAAAAAACUCAUCAGAAUGAACAUGCCCGUGGAUUCAGACGGGAAGGUCAACUUUACAACAACACUUUUCGCACUGAUACGAGAGGAUCUUAGUAUUAAAAUGAGAUGCGCCAACGAGAUGAAGCAAGCGAACGAGGAGCUCAGAGAUACGAUUCGAAGUAUCUGGCCUCUGCAAGCGAAAAAAAUGUUGGAUCUUUUGAUACCUAGAGACGAAGAGGUAGGCAGAGGAAAGCUCACCGUCGGUAAGAUAUACGUCGCUCUCAUGAUUAUUGAAAAUUGGAAGACGACGAAGUUCGGUCGAGAAAAACCAUCCGGACAGAACGAUAACGAUCUUAUCGAUAACGAUAAUGCUGGGCAAAGUCCUGCAGCCCAGGCGCAAUCGACCCUCUACAACUGCCUGAUGGACAUGGCGGUGGUUAACCACACCGGAAAUAGCCACGCAACCGGAAGUAGAGCGAACAGCCUCGAACCCGUGGUACGUCCGACAACGGAGACGAAGCUCGAUCGGCACAAGGACUUUCGUGACGAGGAGGAAGGGACCUUAGGGGCCCUAGCAGCCGCCGAGCAAAGACGACAGCAUAGCAUCAGAAACAAAAAGGUGAACUGGAAGAUGUCCCACCAGUACGAUAUACUAGGCAGCAGCGGAGAGAGUAGCCAGGGAGGGGGUGGGUCUGGGGUUGUACUCGUAGUUAAUGGCGAGGAUCGCGCCCCCGAGCUAGAGCCAUUGCUGGCUGAGGUGCCCUCCCAGCAGGAUCACGACUACUACUACCAUCACCAUCACGACCAAUACUACGAUACCGACAAUGAUCAAUACUAUGACCAUCACCACCACCACCACCACCAUCACCAUCAUCAUCAUGAUCACCGACCACCCUCGUACUACCAACACCAGACCACCUACGCACCUCGCUCCUCGAUCCGUUACCACAAGGUCUCGGCUCGAUCCAAUUCCGCAAUGGAGCUGCAGGAUGUCGUAGUUAGCGACUCGCGUGCCGGUAGUAUCGAGAGUCUAACGCAUUAUGGUGAGAGACUUCACCCCCAUCAUCCUUCGACGCAUCCACCGAGACAUCAUUCGCGAUCGCCAAGCUUAAGAAGACAUUCGCCGAUCAUGCAAAGAUCGCCAUCGCCAAGGCGACACAGGCACGAUCAUCAUGGAUAUUAUCACGAAGGACCAGGCUUUAGCGAUACGGUUAGCAACGUCGUCGAGAUUCAAAGGCAUCAUCAUCAUCCACAUUCCACACAAUAUAAUCGACAUAGGAUACGAGACUAUUACGACCACUGCGACUAUUACGACGAUGGUCCAUGGAGCGCUUCGACGAGUCCCGCGAGAUCACCCAGUCCGGUUCAUCGGAUAGAACGUGGGCAGCAUUACGGUACGACCAGCUUGGAACAACGCUCGAGGAGUCCAAGUCCUAUCGGUGGUCGUACACCGGCACAUCCGCAUCACCAUCAUCGUCAUCCGUCGCAUCAACACAGCUAUCCGGUUUUGGUAGCAAGAAGAGGCCGUCGAUUACCACCGACGCCUAACAAACCGUCGACGUUGCAGUUAAAACCGGCGAAUAUUAAUUUCCCAAAGCUUAACGCAUCGCCGACUCACGGGCCGCACAUGGUAGGAGGUCCGCAUGUACCGGCCGUACCGGUUGGCAUGCCGCAUCCUACUACCGGUCAUAUGCAACCCCCGAUGCAACCGAGCCACUGUCCGCUCAGCUUCGAGCAGGCCGUGGCGAUGGGCCGAGGAGGUCGUCUACUUCCGAGUCCUGUACCGAACGGUUACAAACCGCAGCCCCAGUCGAAGCAGCGAAUGCCGAGGUCGAGACAUUCCGACAGCGACGAGGAUGACUGGUGCUAGCCAAAGUGGGACCCUGGACGGUGGUCCGGCGACGUGGACGCCCCCAGGCGUCUUUGGGUCUGUGCGUGAAUCGUCUACGUGAAUCGUCCACGUGGGACGUGCAUUGACUUUCUUGUCACGAUCGCGAGAACGCGAUCGAUCGAUCGAUCGAACGAGAGGAUCGACACGAAGGAUGCGGCUGACGGCUUCUCGCGAAUACGCAACGAAACGAGAUAGAAAUACGAAGAAUAAGCCGAAAAUAGAGAGAAAGAUGUGGAGGAAGAGGGGAGGUAAAGAGAGCGUGCGAGAUUAGAAUCGAUUAGGAAAAGGACUGAUUGAAUCGGUGAAACGGAAACGAGUUUGACUCUUCGUGAACCGGAAGCAAAGUGUAGGUAAAAGUGAAAGUAAAAUAUUCUGGUGCUUUCAAUGGCGAGAAAUUAAGAGGGAAACAAAAGAGAGAAGGAAAAGAGAGUGGUUAAAGGGCGGGAGGGUGGUUAAAGGGGGUUGAAAAGUUUGCUAGAAGGGAAAGAGAAAAGAAAAGAAAGAGAAAAAAAGCAGAAAAGGAAGAAAGAAAGAAAUACAUAGAGGAAAUACGUAAUAUAUACGUCGUGUAUGCAUCCACGUUAGAAGCGCUCGUACAAAAAAGUUCGUAUCGCAUUCGGUGAUAACGCGAAAUCGGACGACGGACGCUUCGUUUGUUUUUUAACGAUAUCUUCGCUGCGGCCAUUCCAAUCGGCGAAUCGAGACGAGAGGAGGGUCCACUUUUUAUACGAUAAUUAACCAACGGUAACAACAACUACUACUACUACUACACUACUACUACUACUACUACUACUACUACUACUACUACUACUACUACUACUACUACAGCUAGUACUACUACUACUAUUACAACAAUAACAACUGCAACAGCAAAAAUAACAACUGGAAGAAGAACUAACAAGAAAGCAAAAGGGAAAGAGGAAGAGAAAGGGAGAGAAGAAGAGAAAAAGAGAAAAAGGAAAAAAAGGAGGGAGUAGCAGAUACCAUGCUAAUGCAAAAAUGGCAACAACAACAACAUAAUGAACGAAAAGAAAUUAAAUACGAAACGAAACGAAAAAGACAAUGCGUGGGUGCCGUAUUCUUUUUCGUAUCUAAAAAAUAUAUAUAUAUACUAUAAAUAUAUGUAUAUAUAUGUAUGUAUAAAACGCGACAUUGUCAAUGCCCAAAAAAUGAGAGACCAACGACUACGGGUCUUUUAUUUUUUCUUUUUCGUACUAUCUUUCUUUCUCUCUCUCUCUCUCUCCCCUCUCUCCUUCUCUCUCUCUCUCUCUCUCUCUCUUUCUUUCAUCUUUUCUUUCUUUCCUUCGUUCGUUGCUUUUGUUUAUUCACAAGGUAAAUAAAUGACGAGAGUGGUCGAUGUGGUGUGUAGGGCGAAGAAGAGAGGGCAGCGAAGAAAGCAACAAACAAAAACGGUGGGAAAGACUUCUAUAUUAACAGUGAAAGUUUGUAAGUACUAUACACGUUGUUCUCCGACGUGCUCGAAGACGAUACAACGACGUCGACGUAUUUUAAAGGAAGAAGGAAAAAAGGAAAGGACGCCGCGUGAAAAUAGGAAACGUAAGAAUCUGCGUAUAAGAGUAUUCCGGAAGUGUGUGUGAACGAUAAGAAAAAAGAUAAGAUAAGGUAGGAGCCUGUCGUUAUGCGAAAUUCGCUCGAACGUACAUGCGGAACAUUCCGUGACGUGGACGCGCGAACGUAAAUGAAUAAAACCGUGUUAAAUUAGUCGUAGGUAGAUAAAUAUGUAUGUAGGUGAAGUUUUUCUAACGACACCCGUUGGAAUCCUGAAGAAGAAAAGAUAUAAAAUGAUUGUGAAGAAUCUAAGAGAAGAAAGGUAAAAAGACGAUCGUUGCGAAAGAGGGGAACAAAAAUCGCCGAUUUAUUAAGAUCAUCAUUGUUCGAAAACAUCGAUCACCGCCCGUUGCUUUAUCGCUGCUACAACGAUUCUUUGUUAAAAAGAAAAAAAGA